AUUUUAACUCAUUUAUAUCAACUAUUAUCAUAUUAUUGUUAUAUUAAAAUAUUCAUACAUUUUUUGUUUAAAUAAUGUUUAUUUUAUUUUAGUUUACGAAUGAAACACACUAAGUUUAUGAUGAUUAUUAUAUAUAAACAUUUUUGUUUGAUUAGCAAAUGCUAAUUUUUGUUAAUAUGUUAUGGUUUAUUUGAUUUAAAUGUUUAAUUUUUACGACUCAUUACAUCUAUAUGUACCAUUAGAUAAACUUUACAAUGGGCGAUUACUAUAAUCUUAUAUCAAAAAACCAUAACAGCAUUGAUGAUCUGAUUGAUCCUAGAUGUCCUGGUUACUAUUGUGGUCGACGUUUAUUAGCUAAUGGUCGUACUAGUGAUUGUGGAUCAUGUCCUACUGGUACCCGUGUAAAUGCAUUUCAUAUGUGUCAACCAUGUACAGACACUCCAUCAUCAUAUGAUUGGAUGUACUUAUUGUUUAUGGCUGUAGUACCUUUAUUAUUCCAUGCUGUAUAUAUAGAUUUAUCUUCAAUAUCUUGGGCAUCUCAAGUAAAGAGUGAUAAUUCAAGAAAUAAAACUAAGACCAAAAUUGUAUUAUACAUUUCUGCAACACUUGAAGUUAUUACUGCAGCAACACUAGCUGUUUUAGCAGUGGAUCCUUUGGGUCAAAUAUCAAUUCGUUCUUGUCGAACACAGUGGUUAUCCGAUUGGUAUACAGUAUUGUAUAACCCAACACCUGAUUAUCAUGAACCAUUAAGGUGUACUCAAGAAGCUGUAUACCCAAUGUAUUCAAUGAUAUUUAUUUUUUAUUUAGGUUGUGUUAUUACCUUAUUAACAUUUCGCCCAAUUUUCUCAGCUUAUUUUAACUUAAGUGGAUCUUUAUACUUAAAAACAUUAUACGCUGGACUGUAUUUUUUCCCAAUUGCAGCUGUUACUCAUGCAUUUUUAGGUGGAAUAAUUUAUAUGACUUUUCCAUACAUAGUUAUUGUUUUGUCAGUUGUUUCAAGUGCUAUUCAUUUUGCUACUGAAAUUAAUCAGUCAACCAGAUAUUUAAUAGUAAAUACAGUUUGUGUACCAAGAAACAUAUUAAUUGUAGCAAUACAUUGGAUUAGUCAUGGAUUUGGAAUAGUUGCCAUUACUCAAUUAGCUAAUCCACCAGUAGAUUAUGCAUUAUUGUUGCUUGUGCCUUUACCAACUGUAUUUUAUAUAGCCACUACACGUAUAAGUGAGCCCUCUAAGAUACUUGUUUUAUAAGUAUUUUUCUAUGUAAAUUUGUAUAAUGUUAUUUUGUAAAAUAUAAACUGUAAGUAUUUAAAUGAAAUUUUUUUAAGUAAAAAUAAAUAGGUUUUUUUAAUA